AGGUGAUCAUCAUAUCAACGUAUCUUGCAAUAAAUAACUUUUAUCAGAUAUUUUCUUUCUUAAAGAUAUGACCUCACCCCUCUAGAAAAUGAUGCCUCAGAAGAAAUAGGAGAAGAAGUUAGGUCUGCUUCUUGGUGGGGAAAUGUUUCUUCUUCUUUUUCUUCUUCCGUUCAGUUUCAGCUAUACAGAAACCACUCAAUGCUCACCAGCGACAGCAGCGACACCUCCAGCUAUGGCCUGAGCAACACCGUGGAGAGCUCCAAGAACAUCCUCUACUCCACGGGCAGUCUGCCUCACACCUUGGAUGACCUGCUGGCUGGCAUGAAGGUGCCACAGAAAGAAGCCCGCCAGCCUCCACCAGCUCGCUCGAAGUGCAGCACCAAGAACGAAAGCGUCCUCAUCAAUUUGGACGUAAGCGAUGGAGAGACCAGCAUCUCAGACAGCGGAUCGGAUUCCCCUGUGUAUGUGCAGUUGCCGCCAGAGCCCGUCAUCCAGGAGCACACGGUCAGCACCAUCAAUGCUAAGGUCUCUUGGGCCGGCCCGCAAAACGGUGAGUUGAUAUCCUUCUAUGAGCUGCAACUGCAGGAGGCUAAGCUAGAAGGCCAAGGGAAAGAUAUCCACUGGUUCUGCUCACAGACAGAAGAGAACUUGGAAAACCUGACUCCUGGCACCGCGUACGUGAUCCGUGCCAGAGCUCUCAAUGUGGCAGGCACGGGGAAAUGGAGUCCACCUUACAAGUUUUGCACGAUGCAUCCAAUCCCAGGCAUGCCCCUGGAUCCUUCUCCUGUUACUGUCACUGUACGAAGGCGUCGGAAAUCCCAAAGGAAAACUAUCUUUAUUCCAUCUCCCUAAGAUGAUCUACAUCAGAGCAAUAAAGGAUGACAUCUCUGAUCUGC